AUGACCAGGCCGAACCCAACAGACCAGGGUCAUCCCCUGGAUCUGUAUAAGAGCGACGACGUGGUUGUGGAAGCCUACACAGACCUUCAAACAGUCAUCACAUUCAUCAAGGAGUACUUUGAAUCCUUUCUGAGUGGCGACGAACAGUACAUGGCGAUCACACAAGUGUCGGACGAUAACCUUCUGGAAUUCAACAAAUGGCGAGCAUGCACUCGACCCCGUACAUUCCUAGUCCGAACAUUUCCCAAUCAUAACACUCUGGUCAUCAAAUUCAAAUCGCCACUAUGCGAGCAAGUCAGCGAAGCCAUGUACCAAAGGUUCUACAUUCGUAAAUACCAACAGCAUCACGGACUCACUUCGGAUAUACUUUCUCACGCCGGCCCUACGAUAUACACUCUGCAAAACGGACUGCAGCUCGAAGCAGAACAAGCUUAUAUCCCCCUUGCAAGCCGAGCACCCGAUAACUACCCGUCCCUCGUCAUGGAAUUCGGAGAUAUGGCUUCCAUUGGUGCGCUCCGAGUCGAUGCGCAAUUAUGGCUGGAGAAUACUUCCGGUCGUACAAAAUUCGUCCUGGUAGUCGCCUUUGAUAUUGAGAAGAUCGUGUUCGAGUGCUGGGAAUAUAGAGAUGGUGAAGUAGAGUGUAUACACGAGGUCAGUGUGGACUAUCAAAGUGGGAGGGUUCGACAUGCCCCCUUGAUGAUCCCGUUAGCCUCGAUUCUGGAUGAAAUGCCUGACCUUCCGGGCAUCACGGAGGAUGCGACGAUUGCGUUUUCGGAUGAGGACCUUGUCAGUUUAAUGCGGGAGACUGUUUACAGUGAGGCGUCGUGA